UUAUUUGUGAUCACCAUUUUUUCCUAGUUGACGAAGCCAACCCAAAUACAUCAUCAAUCAAACCCUUUAUAACUAGAACCAUGAUCUAUCUGUGGACAUAUUAGCUGCAUAUCCAACUCAUAAUUAACUGAAAUGGCUGAACUCCUAUCGUUUCGUGUGUUUUUAAAUAAGCGCUUAUCCGCGGUUGCUUUUGAGAUUUUCGGGGCAGUUGAGAAAACGGUAGCGGAGUACAUUAAAGACAAUGAUCAGCUACAAAGAAAGCUGCGGGUCACCCCGCAGAUGCAUCAAUGUAGGAACGACUCCCUGCAGUUCUCUGUCUCUGAAGAGGAGGUUCCACCUGAGCGGCGGCUGGAUUGGAGCCCCAGUCUGGAGGAGGAGGACCCAGAACCCACACACAUUAAAGAGGAACAGGAGGAACUCUGGAUAAAUCAGGAGGAAGAGCAACUUCCAGGGCCUUUUGAUAGCAAGGACUCCAUAUUUACUCCUCCGUGUGUGAAAAAUGAAUGUGAUCAGUGGGACCCACUUCACAAAGCCAUACUAACUGAAUGUCCCACUCGAUUGAAAACAUCUAAAUUACAGACAUUUAAUGUGUUUUUAAAUAAGCUUUUAACCACGUCGGCCACUGUGAAGAUUUUUGGGGCAGUUGAGAAAAUGGUAGCGGAGUACCAGGAGGAAAAUGAGCGCCUGCGGACUCUACUGCAGUUCACCCCGGAGAUAGAAUUAUCUAGAAUGGACUCCCUGCCCUUCUCUGUCUCCGAAGAGAAGGUUCCACCUGAGCGGCAGCAGGAUUGGAGCCCCAGUCUGGGGGAGGAGGACCCAGAACCCACACACAUUAAAGAGGAACAGGAAGAACUCUGGACAAAUCAGGAAGAAGAGCAACUUCCAGGGCCCUUUGAUACCAAGGACUCCAUAUUCACUCUCCCCGGUGUGAAAGGGGACUGUGAUCAGGAGGAAGAGCAACGUCCAUGGCCUUUUGAUACCAAGGACUCCAUAUUCACUCCACCCGGUGUGAAAGGGGACUGUGAUCAGGAAGACCCACUGUGGUCUUUGACUCCUCCCCCAGCCCAGACUGUGGAAAACAGAGAGAGUGAAUCUACACCUUUUAACACUGUAACCCAACAAGAGGUACUUGACUCUCCCCGUGACCCACCAGCUAAUCAAACCAAUGCCUCAAGUCACAGCUCAGAGAGACACUGUUCCAAACCCAGCUUCACAUGCAGGAAAGCUCACUGCUGCCGUGACUGUGGUGAAUCAGUUCCUAUGAAAGCUCACUGCUGCCGUGACUGUGGUGAAUCAGUUCCUAUGAAAGCUCACUGCUGCCGUGACUGUGGUGAAUCAGUUCCUAUGAAAGUGGACCUGCGGAGGCAUGGGGGUCUCCCUAAAAACAGGCCAGUUGAAUGUAGCUUCUGCAAAACACACUACAGCUCCACCUGUAAAUUGAAGUCCCAUGUCAGACUGUGUCACAUGGAGAAACUCUGCACCUGCCCGGUUUGUGGAAAGACAAUCAAUAGAGGAGGACUGUCCAGGCACAUGAAGAUCCACACAGGAGAGAAGCCAUUUGUUUGUGGUGAAUGUGGGAAAAGCUUCCGUCGCAGAUCACAACGAAAGCGACAUACACUGACUCACACUGGGGAUAAAUUAUUUAGCUGUGGUGACUGUGGGAGAAGUUUUGGUCACAAACAGAACCUAAACCGACAUAAAAUUACUCACACUGGAGAGAAACCGUUUAGCUGUGGAGAGUGUGGGAAAUGCUUCAUUCACAGACAGGAUCUUGAACGACAUAAACUGACUCACACAGGAGAGAAACCAUUUAGCUGUGGUGACUGUGGGAAAAGCUUCAGUCUAAAGAGGACACUAACGCAGCAUAAAAUGACUCACACAGGGGAGAAACCAUUUAGCUGUGGUGACUGUGGGAAAAGCUUCAGUCAAAAGGGGACCCUAACAAAGCAUAAACUGACUCACACUAAAGCACACCAUUUACCUGUGGUGUCUGAAAGUCUUCAUAAAAAAAACGACCCUGAAGCAACAUAAACUCACCCUGAUAGGAGAUAAAUAAUUUGGCUGUGGUGAAAGUAUUCUUUUAUUUUUCAGUGUUGCAUAUUAAUUUUUAAAUCUCUGCUCUCCAAUUACUGAGUUACAUUGUCAAAACCUUUGUAAUUAAUUUUUAAGAACACAUAAUACCUCGGCAGUAUUUGAAGAUGUACUGUUAGAUACAUUGCCUUGUAAAAGUAUUCAGACCCCUGACCAAUGCUCUCAUGUUACUGAAAUACAAAUAGCACAUUAAAAU